AUGGCCGAAAUCAUUCCGCACGGUAGACAAAAUUACCACAUCUUCGCUCUGGUCAUCGGGAUAGAUGAAUACAAGUGCACGAAGUACGACAAUCUAGAAGGUGCCGCCAGCGAUGCUGAUGAAUUCAAAACCUAUCUUCUCGAAGACCUGCGGACCCCAAAGGCAAAUAUCAUUAGCCUUCGCGAUAGGCAGGCGACAAGAUCAGCUAUCAUUGGCGAGUUCAUCAAGAUGAAAGACAAUGCAAAGAUACAGCAGGAUAAGGCAGCAAUUAUUAUAUACUUUGCAGGGUAUGGUGCUACAACUACCGCGCCAGUCGCAUGGGCAGACUGGGAAGCUCUUGGGGAUGAAGUCAAGAUGCUUUGCCCCACUGAUAUUGGCGACAUAGACGAAAAUGGCGACAUCAUCAACGGUAUUCCACACAGGACAAUUAACCAACUUCUUCUGGAAUUGUCGGCUGUCAAGGGCAAUAACAUCGUACGUUCUACGCCAUUAAAUCACAUACAUGCCACAUUGAUACUCGACUGUUGUCAUGCUGCUGGUCAAAGCAAUAAACGGAAGCCUGCCAUUGCACGAAACAUUUCUAAUCCACCAAGACUUUUUUCCAGCUGUGAUCAGGAGAUCCAUUCUCGCCAAACUCACAGUGCCUCGGGAAUUACAUCAUCGCCUCUGGGAUCGCAUGUUCUCAUAGCAGCGUGUAAUCGUCGCCAGUCUGCCUAUGAGGAACAAGGAAAAGGCAUUUUUACUUGCGCGUUGCUCAAGGUCUUGAGGGAAUGGAAAAUAGGCCAGCUGACGUACAAAUCGCUGAUCCAUCGUCUCGAUAUGCCACAAUACUUAACCACAUGUCCAAGCCAAACACCACGUGCGGAAGGGAAGUAUAUCACCCAACCUCUGUUUAACUCCCGUCGCAAUACUGCUGUGAGUUCCCGGAUCCUCUGCCAUCAUGAAAAGGAACAGCCCCACCUUUCUCUGUGUGCUGGAUCUUUUCAUGGGAUUGUUGCUGGUUCUAUCUUCGAGAUAUACAGAACCGAUGUAUGCGACAAGGAGCGUCCGCUCACGACUGCAACUGCAGAGACAGUGGAGGCUUUUGUCUCAUUCUUAAGGCCUGUCGACCAAACCAUCUUCACCACAUAUAGGAAACAUCGUGUCUGGUACGCGUACUGCAUAAGAGUUCCCACCCCUAUUUUUACCAUUUACUGCAACGACUCGAGCUUCCUGGCCCAGGUUCUCACUGGAGAAGCUGGAUCUGAGCUCAUGGUCUCCCCUAGCACUGUUGAUGAUCCGGAACAAGCAGAUCUAUGCUUGACAGUAGAUGGCGACAUUGUUUUCUUUGACCGAGGGAACAGGACCAGUCUUGUCCGCUCGAGCAUAGGCUUACCCUCAAGGUUCUCUCAUACCUCGAGAGUUCAUGCUAUCGCCAACAUUCGAAACAUUAUUGACUGCUAUGCGCAUUUCACCUCCCAAGUCAUCAUGUCAAGUCCUCUUCCCAUAUCCACGUUCGUCUCCAUUGAAAUGAAAGAAGUCGAGUCGGAUAGGGACCCUAUUGGCAACAAUUUGCUGCAUGAUGCUGAGGACGAACCCGUCGAAGUUGUCUCGAUUCCAUUCCUUCCACUUGAACGACUCGGACGCCAUUAUGAGUUUAUUGCCCAUAACACAUCUGCGGUCAAAAUAUAUGUCAAUUUGUUGCACUUCAACGUCUCCACUCUAAAAAUAAGUGAGUUCGCAUUUACUAUUGAUAUCAGCCAGUAA